AUGGGGAUGGGGCCCCCGGACCGGGGGGCGCGCUGGCUUCGGUUCUGGCUGUGCGCCGGGACACUGAUCUCCUGCGCUCAGGCGAAGGGGACCUACUUUCCCCGGCCCGGCCCGCCCAGCGGUGGCCGCUACAACCUGUACACGACGGGAUCCAGCCCGCAGCUCCGCGAGGGGCAGCACAACAUGCUCUGUGCUUAUGUGGUCCAGAAGAACGUGACCUGCAUUUUGCAGGAUGGGGCUGAGAGCUACAUCAAGGCGGAAUAUCACAAAUGCAGCUGGGGCCCCAAAUGCCCAGGAACUGUGGUGUACCGCACCCUCCUUAGACCCAGAUACAAGAUUGGCUACAAGACCAUCACGGAGCUGGCCUGGCGUUGCUGCCAGGGCCUGACAGGAGAAGGCUGCUCUGAUCCUCUCACUGAUACAGGAACUCUUCUACCUCAGCCACGCCCCCAGACUCCCUCUGGACAGAAGCCAUUUCCAGGCCCCAGAGUGCCUCCUUAUGCCAGGCUGCCCACCAGCCCCUUCCCAGGACCCAAGAGCCAUCCCUAUGGUAGGAAAGGCCCUGGGCUGUUCGGUGAAAGGCUAGCUCGGCUGGAGGGUGAUGUCCAGCGCCUCACACAGUCCUAUGGUACCCUCAGUGGACUUGUGGCUGGGCUAGGAGACCACUUACACCUGACCGUUCAUGAGGACAGCAGCAGGAUGACUGGUGCCUUGGGGAAUCCCCCCACUGCUCCAGAUGCUCCUGUAGGCUUUGGAAUAAUUCCUGGUGGAGUUGUGGAUCCUGCCGACAAAGCAGGGGGCCCAUUCCCAACACUAGGGGAGAUCCUGACCAAGGUGACAGAGGUAAGUGACAUCCUGAAGACCAAGACCAGCCUUCUAGAUGAGGUUCACAGCUUGGUCCUGGGUCAUGAUACUCAGAUAAAACACCUACUGGAGGGAGCCCGGCCAUCCCCACUCACCUCCCUGACGCUGCUGGAGGAAUACAUUGACCAGAGACUGAGCCACCUCUGGGGUGACCUAUUGGAUGGCUUUGAGAAGAAACUACUCGACCUGCAGACCACGUGCGACUUCCGCAUCAAGGAGAUGCAGCAGCAAUGUGAGGAGGACAAGGCCACUAGCCUCAGGCUCCAGCAAAGCCUGGAUGGCAAGGAGCUGGAGAUCAAAAAAGAACUCUCACUGCUGGAGACUCAGAUCCAGGGGCUGACUAUGGUGGAGGACUGCUGUAGCCACUUGACUUUUGUCACCGAAAGGAUAGACAUCCUCGAGAAGGGUCUGCACACUCUCGCUGAAGCUCAGAGGAGUCAGGCCUCCCAGUUAGAUGGGGAAAUGAGCCCAAUCCCCACCACCAUCCUGGAUAACUUUGUGGACCAGCGAUUAGAAAACCUGGAGGCCAGGCUUAAUGCUACAGAGGGAGGGGCAAGUGGCUGCUGCCACGAUCUAGAAGAAAGCAUGAAGGGCUUGGUGGGCUCUGAGCUAGACGGCAUCAGAACCACAGUGGAGGACAGAAUGCAGACCAUGGAGGAUCAGUUCAUGACCAUUGUAGGUGAGUUGGGAAACAUCAGCACCCUGAGAUCUACGGAAGGGGCAACGCUGCCCUUGGUGGAGAUGGAGGUGGCCAACGCCCGGCAGCAGACCAUCCGGGAGCUGGCCGUGGUGGAGAGCAGGCUCACCUCCCUGGAGAGCUUAUGUUCUGCGGGCUCCUCGUCUAAAGACAUGCAGACCCUCACCGCCGAAGUGAAAGAUUGUCAGAGCAAGAGUAGGGCCCUGCUGCUCCAGGUUGACAGCAAUGCCGACCUCCUUCAGAAGCUCAAUGCCACCGUCUCGGAAAUCCAGAGACAGCUGGAGGAAGCUGUGACUAACUCUCUCCAAGGAGAAAUCACCCUGCUCAAGGUCAACCUCAACACUGUUAGCAAAUCCCUCACUGGCCUCAAAGACUCAGUCAGUCAGUACUCGGACACCGUCUUAUACGUCAACUCCUCGCUUGAUGAACGGGAGCGGAAAGUGGAGGAUGAGGUCCACUCAAUCCAAGCCAAGGUCAGUGAUCAGGGGUCCAGGCUCCUGGUGAGUAACAAGCAGGUCAUGAGCCUCAAGGGAGAUUUGGAGAGGUUCAAAGCCAGGAUUGUCGGUGACCUGAGCAGUUGCCAAGAUGCAGCCAGGAAAUUGCAGCAGGAGGUGGGCCACUUUGAGCAGCGGGUGGCCCAGGUGGAGAGCACAUGUGGGAAGCUUGGCCUUAUUGCUGGAGGCCUGGACGGUUUUCAGGAUGAGGUCCUGAGACGGGUAGGGGGGUUGUGGGGUCACAUGGACUGGUUGAAUAAAACCGUGGCUGCCCAUUCCCAGGAGAUCAUCAGCCUUCGGGAUGGCCUCAUGGACUGCCAGGCCAAAGUGGCUGAACUGUCCGAGCACAUUGGACCUCUGCCAGUGCCUGGAGAGCAGCAGGAGAACUAG